UUUCUUCUAUAUAUUUCAAAAAGCACCUGCCUAUGGCCAAUGGAUGACACAUAGAAGGGAAGCCUGGGAACAGAAUUUGAACUAGAAUGGAGAAUUUUUUGAAUCAGAUGAGGGAUUCGAAAAUAACAUUUCAGAAGACUCAAUCUUUCAAAGGAGAGAAGAAACAGGGUGGUGAGAAUUGGCUCCAGAAACAGUUUUCAAGGAAAAGGAGUGGUGAUCAUGACUCCAGAGACAUGGACCACGCUGCUGCGGUAGCUGCUGCUGCAUUCGCAAUCAACUUGCAAGAUGUUUCUGAACAGAAGAGUGAGACCCUAGAGGCCUCAUUGACAAAGACCAAAAGCAAGGUUGAUGGCCCAAAACCUCCAAUUCCCCUACUUAAUAGUGCUUCCAAGCGAUUGUCAGGUUCAUUUAGAUCUAAGAAUGACCAAGGUAAGAAGCCAGAAGAGACCAUUACCCCUGCACCAUCAAUGAGAAAGAGUUCAACUUUCUCUGAUGAAAAGCCUGAGUCUUCAACAAAGCCUUCCCCUGUAAGACAACCAACUGUUACCGAAAGGCGCACAAAAGCAGAUGAAUGGGAGAGAGCCGAGUUUCAAGAGAUCAGACAAAGGUACGACAAGUUGAGAGAGGUGAUAGAUUCAUGGGAAAACAAAAAGAAGAUGAAAGCUAGACGCAAGCUGGAUAAGGAAGAGAGAGGAGUUGCGCAAAGAAGGAUGAAAGCUUUGGAAGAUUUUCAGAAUAAGAUUACGGCUAUAGAUCAAAUUGCAGAUGGAGCGAGAACCAAGGCGGAAGAAAGCCGGAGGAAUGAAGAACAAAAGACAAAAGAGAAGGCAAAUGUAAUUCGAACAACAGGCGAGAUGCCUGGCAUUUGCUUCUGCUUCUGCUUCUGAGAUCACCAAUUAUGUAGCAUCACUGGGUUUGGGGAACUAACAGAAAUAUAUGCUUCAUAAUUCUAUCCAUAUAUAGCUCUUAGUCUUCAUUCCUACUAAAGCAUGGCAUCUUCCUAUAAAAAUUGGAAAAAGAAAAACUGAAAAGUUGAACAGAUACACGAGCUACUUGUGUAAAUUAGUUGCUUUUUUUCUUGCUUUAGAGUUUAGUUUUGGUAUAAAAAAAAACAUUACCAGUUUGAGUGUCAACUUUAUUUUCAGGAAUGACAAAUUAACCAAUAAAAUGAUUUAUCAUGUAAUGAAACUACAGAGUUUAAUUGUUUAAUCAAGUUAACCCAAACUGUUAUUU